AUGAAGGCCUGUGCGCGUUCUAUCUUGGCUGCUGCGGCCGCAUGGCUGCCUCAAGAAGACACUGCCCUCAAGCCAUCUCUUGCACCGCGAGCCAGUGCUACCCCGGGAAACAGUUCCGCUGUCAACCUAACGGUUGUCACGUCCGGGGGAAAUCAAUCCAGUCCGUUGCUGUAUGGGAUCAUGUUCGAGGAAAUGGAUCAUUCCGGUGAUGGAGGACUACACGGGCAGCUGCUGCAGAACAACGGGUUUCAAGGGGCCAAUCCCGGACUUACCGCGUACAAACCCAUCGGACAGGCAGAGAUAAUGCAGGAUUAUCUAUAUCCGGUGAGCGGUGCCAUCACCUCCUCCCUCCAGGUGUCCGUGGAGAACGGCGCAACCGGUCGGGUCGGGUUCGCGAACACAGGAUACAAGGGCAUUCCGGUGAUCAAUUCCACCUAUUGGUGCGAGUUUUGGAUGCUGGGCGAUUACUCCGGCGAGAUUAUCCUCCAGCUGGCCGGGUCGUCCAACGGCAACAUCUUCGCUUCGCAUAAUAUCACGGUUGCCAGCUCCCAGAAAAACUUCACCCGAUACACGACACAAUUCAACUCGACAGCGGCACCGGAUGGUAACAAUGAGUGGCGACUCCUUUUCAAUGCCUCCAAGGUCUCCGGGGGGACUCUGAAUUUUGGGCUGCCGCAGUUAUUUCCGCCAACGUACAAGUCGAGGCCCAACGGCCUCCGAGAUGAUAUUGCCCAGGCCAUUGCCGAUAUGAGACCGACAUUCCUACGCUUCCCAGGAGGAAAUAACUUAGAAGGUCUGGAAGUCGACAGUCGGUGGCAGUGGAACUUGACUAUCGGACCGGUGGUCGAGCGUCCGGGGAGACAAAGCGAUUGGUUCUAUCCCAACACUGACGCCUUGGGUCUUGAUGAGUAUCUCUGGUGGUGUGAGGACAUGGGCAUGGCUCCAGUGCUGGCUGUCUGGGAUGGCAAAUCCUACGGCGAUAUCCUCUCUGGCAAUGAGCUCGAGCCCUACAUCCAGGAUAUCCUCCACGAGCUUGAGUAUCUACUUGGCGCUCCGAACACCACCUAUGGGAGUCUUCGCGCCAAGAAUGGACGACUUAAGCCCUGGCCCGUUCAGUAUGUGGAAAUUGGCAACGAGGACGACUUCACUGGGGGAUGCGCGACGUAUCCGCAACGCUUCAUGCAGAUCUACAACGCCGUCCACAAGAACUAUCCCAACAUCACUCUGAUUACCUCUGUCAGCGAUCCCAAGUGCCUUCCCUCGAACCCACCGCCGGGGAUCAUCUAUGACUUCCAUUACUAUCGCAGUGCAGACCAGCUGGUAGCCAUGUUCCACGAAUGGGACCACCAGUCCCGGUCACGGCCGGUGAUGAUCGGCGAGUAUGGCUGUCGAAACACCAGUGAUCCCGACGGGUUCUACUGGACGUAUAUGCAAUGCAGCUGUGGUGAGGCCGUCCAUAUGAUCGGACUGGAGCGGAACAGUGAUGUGAUCAAGAUGGCGUCCUAUGCACCCUUGCUGCAGAACUUUCCGUACACCCAGUGGUGGGUAUGUACUCCUACACUCAUCGGGUUCGACUCCAGCCCGGGUUCCCUCACUCUGUCCACGUCGUAUUACGUACAGAAGAUGUUUUCGACCUACCAAGGGCAAAUAAUCCUUCCGGUAAACUCGACAUCAAGUUUCGGGCCACUGUACUGGGUGGCGUCGCGAAGCAACAGCACGUAUUUUGUGAAGAUGGCCAACUAUGGCAAUGAUAAUCGGACCGUCAGAGUCACGGUCCCAAAAACGACCGGGGGUCUGUUGGAGAUGUUGUCCGGUCCUCGCGACGGAGUCAAUCGUCCGCGCAAUUCGACCAUUCAACCUGUGACGCAGAAUAUCACGGCUAUCAGGGACAGCUAUACGAUACAGAUGCCGGCGUGGAGUGUGGCGGUUUUGGUCGUUCGUUGA